CGGAUGUAUUUGUGUGUAGCACCCGCUACUGCUGCUGUGAUUAUUGCUGGCGCUUGUCAAAAUGAAAAGUGGAAGGCAGAGGAUUCGUUGUUCUGUUUAUCUGUUUAUCUGACGUAACAUCGCUACCGGAUGAGCUAUGGUCAUACAGACAGGCCGUUUUUUAACGAAUCUGUAAUGUUUAUGGUUGUCUGCCGUUAUCGUCUAACAGCGAGAGAGAAGUUUAACUGUUACUGUUAUAUGACAGUUUUUCGCUGUGAAAGGUCGCGAUGGAUCGAGCAGUAAACUCCGACCCGGUCGAUACAGCCGACACUGGUCGUCAACGCUGGAGGAAUUGGAUUGGAUUUUGGUUAUUGGGGCUUUGCAAUAACUUCGCAUAUGUGGUGAUGCUGAGUGCAGCGCAUGACAUCUUACAAAAACAGGAAUCUCAAAACACAACGACCCCUACUCCUGCUCCGAAUGAGACUAACAUCGGGAUCAGCGACAGCAGCCGCUAUGACUGCAGUCCUGUGUCCACUGCAGCCGUGCUGUUGGCUGAUAUCUUACCCACCCUCCUAAUCAAAUUCACAGCACCCUUCUAUAUACACAAAGUGCCUUAUGGAUUUCGUGUUUUGGUGUGUUUCUUCACGGCGGUAGUCAGCUUCCUGAUGGUGUCGUUCUCUUCAACUAUACUGAUGAGCAUAUUUGGUGUCGUCUUUGCCAGUAUUAGUUCAGGAUUGGGGGAGCUGUCCUUUCUCUCCCUCUCUGUGUUUUUCAGCAGGGAUGUGUUAAGUGGCUGGGGGUCUGGCACGGGGGCAGCAGGGGUAGCUGGAGCUCUCCUCUACUCUGCAUUCACACAGGCUGGUCUGACCCCUCGGGUUACGUUAUGGAUCAUGCUGGUUGUGCCUGUUAUUCUGGCUGUCAGCUAUUUCUUUCUCCUGGUGUUCCCAUCCUCAUUUCCACAGUGGAGGCGGCACCAGGAUGCUCACAGUACUUCCAGAGUGGUAAACUCCCAGGAGAGGCGUCCUUUAAUUGAGGAAGAGACCGAUACUGAUGAGGAUGCCGAGACAACUCAGGAAGAGCAAGAGGACAAUCACAUCAGACCCCUGUCCUUCACGGACCAAAUAUAUAUCAUUAAGGGUCUGCUGAAGUUUAUUAUUCCUCUUGGCGUGGUUUACUUUGCUGAGUAUUUUAUUAACCAGGGACUGUUGGAGCUGCUCUACUUCCCUGACUCCCGUCUCUCACACGCAGAACAGUAUCGCUGGUAUCAGACACUUUACCAGAUCGGUGUGUUUGCUUCCCGCACGUCUCUCGUCUGUUUUAAGAUCAGGAAAAUUUUCCUUCUGUCUCUCUUACAGUGUUUGAAUGCUGUUCUGUUGGGUUUGGCUGUGUACUACCAGUUCUUACCAAACCCAUGGGUGGUUUUUAUUAUUAUCCUCUAUGAGGGUCUGUUGGGAGGAGCAGCCUACGUAAAUACCUUCUUUUUCAUCCGCGAGGAGACCGCUAAGCGUGAGAGAGAGUUUGCCAUGGCUGCGGCAAGCGUAGGCGACAGUCUGGGAAUCGCUCUUUCUGCAGCUGCCGCCUUCCCCGUUCACCAUUAUUUCUGCUCUUUAUGAGCAAAUGAGAAUGUGUGUUUGUGCAAGAUAGAGAGUUUUUGUGUUGUUGUUUUUUUUUUGUUAUACAUUCCAUUUGGACUAAUAUGUUCUUAUUUAAAUGAAGAAUGGUUUGAUUGAUCUGACUGACAUUCGACCUACUGACACCCUGCUCUAACAAAAUGUGUAUUAACCC